AUGCCUGUCCGAUUGAGACCAGAGAGGCAGAUUCUCGAGGACAUCGUGAAAUACAAAACAAUAGCGCAAAAGCUAGAUGACGUGGAUGAUAUUCCCCAGAGGCGCACCAAGCCCAGCACAUCGAAAAAGAGUCCAGCCAAGAACAAGAAAAAGGCCGGUGCUUCAAAGGCCAAAAAGAAGACCGCUGCUUCCAAAACCAAAAAGAAGACCCAUGUUUCCAAGACCGAAAAAAUAAAGCCCCCUCUGAAGCGCUCUGCUCUUGAGGAGCUCAAAGAGAGAAUCUUCCGGCAAAAGCCGUCGUUCAUGGGAAAGGCACCCGUUCCCUUUCUGAAAACGCCUGUAGCCGCGCUGGAAGCAAACGCGUCUAAACCACUUGAAAACGAGUCGAGAUUCCCGACAAGUCUUGGUGCGGACCAGCUACGAUGA